GAUCAACGCACUUCCGCGGGGCGCCGCCAUGGCCGCAAAGAGUCCUGCUGACAGUACCCCAAGAAGACCUGUUUUAUCUGUCAGUGCAAGAAAAAUUAAAGAUAAUGCAGCAGACUGGCAUAAUUUAAUGAUGAAAUGGGAGAGACUGAAUGAUAAUGGAUUUACUACUGCAAACAAAAUAGUCAACAUGAAGAUUAGUGAGCAAUUUCAAGAUAACAAACUGGAGAUAGCAUGUGAUAACAGUGCUACAGAAUCUGAAGAGCCAUCUCCAAAAUACAAUGAAGAAUUGGACAAAUGCUGUGCAGAACUACUAGAGACCUUAAAGCAUAUGACGAAAAUACAGCUGAAAAUGGAAAAGCUCUCUUCGACUACUAAAGCAAUCUGUGACUUAGAAACAUUCCACCACAGAGCUGGGAAUAGCACAGCACCCCUAUUUCACACGUGGCCCACACCGUACUUCUAUGAGGUUUCGCUGAAGCUCUCUGAAAUGUACAAGAAGGAACUACAACUCAAGAAAACAAUUGUAGAAGAAAUUGCUCAUUCUGCUGACCAGGAUCUGAUGAUGGUCUAUUUAUCGUCAUGGUUAUACCAGCCUUAUAUAGACAACAGCAGCAAACUACUGCUCGAAGCCAUGCUGCUGGAAACAGGACACAGGCAGUGCUAGAACUUCAAAUGUUGCUUGCCUUGCUUCUAAUGAUGCUUACGUGAAACUGAAAUGGCAAAUUUGCAAGGCUCACCAAGUAAGUUGAAUUUUUGUAAAACUUAUUAAAAACAUUUUUCUGUUUGUAUUUAUUACUUCAUCUCAGCUGUUACUCUCUUCUGCAUGGGACAACUUGGUUUUGGCUGCUUUACCAAGUGUAAUUACAGAGCCUGCGUAGGAGACUGUAUAAAGGCUAAAUUCUCUAAUCAGAGAGAGGUGAGCACUCCUUCGUGGUCUGAGAUUGGGAAUUAAUGCACAUAGACACCUAGAACAAAUAAUUUCACUACUUUCAAAGUCCUGACAGUGUAAACUACCUACAUUGUUGCUCUCACCAUAGAGAUUCAGUGCUUCUUGAUCUCGUGUUUUUUUCCAUGACUUAACAGGGCCAGCACUCUUGUACUUAGUUUAUAAAAGGGGGAAGGGAAAAGAGAGCACAAAAGGCAGGAUCUAAAAGUCAAUCUAAAAGGAUCCACAUUAUUUGGUAUGUGGUCCUGAAAAGCUGUUGUAGACAGUAGUGUAAAUUCUGGUUUGGUUUUGAUUAUAGUGUGAUUUACUCUUGAAGAGUGAUCCAAGCCUGAACUAAUACAUUUGGAAGAUUUAGUACAACUUGCUAUUGCACACCUAUAGACAUUGUCUUUUUUGAUUCAUUGCAAUUUUUCAUGAAAGGCUCUGCUGAAUAAAAGCCAGCCCUGCUUCGGUUAUGUCCUUAGACCAUAUUGUUUGCUUCCUGUCAUAGAACUCAGGGAGCUUUUCCUUGGGUUACUGUUUCUGAUGGUUUAAAGGUUUAAAGAUUUCUGAUGGUUUUGGUUUAAAGGCAUGUCCUUUUUGCAUUUUUGGUUAGAAAUUUACAUAACAAGAUAGUUAGUUCAAUUUUUUGCUUUUCUUUUUCAUGCUGCUUUUUGGUUUUCUUAGCAAAGAGAGUAGAGAGUAUGUUUAGGAGGAAGUUAAUGAAAAAGAUAAAUGCUGAAAGGAAUUCAAUACCCAUGUUUGCUUUCACUCCUAAAGGCAUAAUCGCUGCAGCAUACCAUUAUGUCAGACCUGGGUGGCAUGCAAAAGUUGCUAUGCUUGCCAACAGUUAUUAAAGGCUUGGUUCUUUUUGCAAAUUAGGACUUUUCCCAAAAGUGUAUUGCAACUUGCAAACUCUGCAGCUGUUCAAUCAUUUUUUUUAAGCUAAAUCCUUAAUAUCUAGUGAAUUUAGGCCUUUCUACUUAAUUAUGAUUAAUAAUGCAAAUUCCUCCCACUUAGUGAUUGCCUAUAUGGCCUGCUACUAUAUGAAAUGUUGCUUUCCAAUUCCAGUCUUCCGUUUCACUCAAUUGCUGUAGCAUUCCUUAGUGCUGUUGAACCACUGCUGUGCUCUGACAGAUGUUACCCUUGAUUUCUCCCUGAAACAACUAUUUAAACUAAAAAUAACAUUAAGUGCACACUGCUAUGAAAUGCCCACAAUGGCUGUGGUUUGACGUUAUAAAAACCUAAUUAACAGUGACAGAUUCAGGAACAGAUUUCUAGUAGGAAACGUAUGGUCACUUUUGCUUAACUAGUUUCAAGCUGAAACCUCAUAGGCUUGGGUAAGGGAGAUGCAUGAAUUGCCUGCAAUAACCGAAUAGACAUAUGUGAAUUGGAAAAGUUUUCUUUUGCGUGUUGCUCUGUUCAAUAAAGGUUGUUUCUGACA